UGUUACGACCGAAAGUGACCCGUUUUUAAUGUACAAUAAUAUUUAGAUAUUUAUCAAUGGAUGCUACAUAUUUACUGUGUAAUACUACAGUUCCGGUCUUAAAAUGCGAUGUGACAGCGACACAAUACCAAUCAUGACGUCACAAAAUAUAAAUAACAAUACGGAAACAAUUUGCUCCUUAAUUUCAAAAUGUAUAAAAAGGGCAGAAAUUGAACGGACUAUUUCAAUUAAGAAAAUUACUUCAAUUUCAAGUGUUGUUUGCUUAUAUAAAUAAACAAUCUAACGGAAAGAUAAAUAAAUUUUGAGUUGUGCACUGACUGUUAGCCUUGUGUCAGACUUUCUUUGGACGUGCUAUAGAUAUUGUAUUGAUUAAAUAUUUUUAGAGCUGUAGGAUGAAUAGUUAUUGUAUAUUGGUGACGCUAUGUUUUGCCAAUUGUAUUACAGCUCUUCCUAUUGGCACUGAGGUACAUGUUCACGCACAUACGUUUCCUAAGAUAGAAAGAAUAAUUGUCCAUGUGCAAAAACGUAUGGCUGAUAUUUGGGACUUUUGGCAGCUAAACAGAAAUAUUUGUCCCCCUUCACUGUGUAUGUUUUCUGAUGAUUCUGGACUACCCAGAAGACCAAAGGGUACAGGAGGUUCCGUUUUUUAUAAUGGCGAUAUUGUCUUGGACAGUUCCAAUGAAAAGUAUAUUUUCGGAGAUAAUGAAGUUUCCAUUCGUAAAAAAAGAUCCGCCGUUCGAACUCAGAACAAAUUAUGGCCGUAUGGUAUUCUCAAAUACAAAUGGGCGUCGAAUAUAGAUAAAAAGAGUAAACGAGUGAUCAGAAAAGCUAUGCAGCAUAUUGCAGACAACACCUGUAUAACAUUUAAGAAAGCCAAAAAUAAGGAUGAAAAUUAUGUCAGAUUUAUUAGUGAGCCGGGAUGUUGGUCUAAUAUAGGACAUGUCGGCAAUGGAGAACAGAAAUUAAGUAUAGGUAGAGGAUGUAAUGAAGUAGUGGGCGUGGCCGUACACGAGUUAUUGCACGCUCUUGGGUUCUGGCAUGAACAGUCUAGGCCAGAUAGAGAUAACUAUGUACAGGUACUGAUGGAGAAUGUAGCAGAGAGGUACAAGAAGGAUUUUGAAAAACUCAAUAAAACAUUAGUAAAUUCAAGAGGCUACCCUUAUGACUACCUCAGCAUAAUGCACUACAAAGAAUUUACUUUCACUAAUACAGGAGAUGAAACUAUAAAGGUUAAAGGUAUCGGAAAGAAAUUACGGAUGCCAAUUGGACAGAGAACUGCUAUGAGUAAUAUAGACAUAGCACAGCUUAGAGAUAUGUAUCACUGUAACAAGAAACAAGACGCCAAUGAAACAGUGUGCCUACCAGGAUGGGUGAAAUUUCAGAGAAGCUGUUACAAAUUUUUAAAAAGGCCUAAGUAUCAGUUUGCAGCCGCGGUAAAGUACUGCAGAGAGUUCAACAGUUAUCUAGCACAAAUUGACAAUAAAUACGAAGACAAAUUUUUACAAAAACAUGUGGUAAAAAAAUAUCCCAAUACGCUAAGAUGGAGACUAGGAGGAAAGAAAAUAAAUGAUACUUUUUAUUGGAUAAAUGAGGAUAACGAACCAAUAGAAAUAAAGUAUUCAAAUUGGGCGGAAGGAAAUCCGGCAAAGUACACAUCAAUGGUUCUACGCAAACACAACAAGACGUCUGAAGCUGUUAGUUGGCAAGGAGCAUGGACAGGAUCUUUCAAAAAUUUUCCUAAGAAUUCGUAUGCGUUUAUAUGUGAACGUCCAGCUAAACGCAAAUGUAUCCCUGGUAAUUAUUCAGACGGUCGUGAGUACCGUGGUACACUAGCCCACACAUUUACUGGCAUAACUUGCCAGAAUUGGAAUUUGCAGUAUCCACAUCAACAUAAGGUUAUACCGAAAGGUUCAUUACAAAUAGACCCUGAUGGACUAGGGGAACAUAACUACUGUAGGAAUCCGUCCAAGCUGAGGAGAAAUAGACCAUGGUGCUUUACUACUAAAUCUAAAAUAGAAUGGGAAUAUUGUGAUGUGCAUAUAUGUAGUAAACUUGUUAAGAAAACGGACAAUAAAAUUCCAGAAAGAUUGACUGAACAAAAUAAACAAAAACGAAAAAAGAGGAACACAUUGAAGAAUUCUAAGACAAAGAGGCUGACUGUGGUAUAAUUUGAAUAUGUAGUAGUUUUCUCAAAGGAAGAUUAAUAUAGUAUUAUCAAAGACUUUAAAAGUAAUAUUUGUCUAUAAGAUGGCAAUAUAACGCAUGGCAUCGAAUCCAGGCUGUAGAGAGAAUGUAGAUUGACAAAAUGUCAACGUUGGAACUAACGAACAUGAUAUUUACGCAUAGUUGUAUACAGUACUAUCGCAACUUUCCGUUCAGAUUUUAUUUACAGUAUUACGUUUGAAAUAGAAGUAUGACAAUCAGAAGACUGAAACGUAUUUGUUUAUUUGUUUUUAUAUCUAAUUGAUACAUUUUUGUAUAGAAGAAAUCUGGACCGAUUUUGAGUGUUUCUUUUUGAUGCAUUUUUGUAUGAAAGAGAUGUGAAUUUUGUUUUUAUAUAGAAAUAUAUGUACGAUGUGCAAUAAUAGUACUAACUUAUAUUACAUAUAUUUAUUGGUUUCACAUUUUCAUUUCUAAGUUUUUAACAGCACAGAUAUAAAAAGGGUAAAGGUUGGAAUUCCUAUACAAUGUAUCAAUAUUGAUUUCCAUAUAUCAUUGUCGUGUAAAGUUGUCACACUCGUAAUUGAGAGAACACGGUGCUGUUUAACAUUUUCUUUCUUUAGAAAGUAAACAUUGAUUUGUAAUGCAAGAUUAAAAGCAUAUAAAUAUAA